AAAGUCACUGCAAAUGGCACUUACAUCUGGUUUGGCCUCUUUAACAGCAGUGUCAGGCAUGGGGUGGUCAGAAGUGAGGAGCAUGGGUGGAGCUGCAUAUGAGGAGCCCAGCAUGGGGAUAGUAGGAGGCUGUGGGUCAGAAUUAUGGGACACUGGCUGAGCUGGGGGUGGGGGGAACCCAGGGCUGGAACAGCAGGGUGGGGGCUGCAGGUUGUGACCGAGGAGCAGCAGAGCUGUGUGAGGAGCCCAUGGGGCAAGGGGAUUUGUUUGUUUGUUCUAAGGGUUCCUCUCUCCCCUUCCCUGUGGUCUUAGAGCUGAGCUAGGUUAGGUGGGUUUUACUCUGCACAGAGGGAUCUUUCCCGACUCCUAGUCCAGGGCCCAAGUGCUGAGGUGCCUGAAAGGCUAAGUUAGAAUCUCCAUCGGGAUGGGAGGGGAGGGUCAGGGGCUCUGUCCCGCCCUGGCUCUGGGAUUGUGCGUCAGAAAACUGCCCCGUCUCUGGGAAGAGGAACAGUAGCUGAGUUUGUCUGCCCAAUUUCCUGGCUGCUCUGUGAGCCUGAGCCUAUGAAAGCUCCUUUCAUGCCUGGAAGGUGCUGAAACAGGAGCUGCUGCUUCCAUUUCCUGGCUUCCCCCUCUCCCCCCCCCCAUAAAAGAUUGGCUGAAGAUGAAACACCUGCCAGUGAGAACCCCAAAGAGGAAAAGUAUUUGGAGCUAGUGUGUGUCUAAAGCCAUGUCACUAGCAGCAUCCCAGACACUCCGAGAGCCUGAAUGUUCAGAGGUGCAAACACCCUGGCUCCUAAAACCUGAGCAAACAACAUUCCUUUCUCUUGUGCCCUUGACCUCCAAGUGCCCUGCACACUGGAAUUGCUUCACCCUCCCCAAAACGUCGCCCUGGUGGUGGACGCAACAACUGUUUGGCAGUCUCACAGCAACACUGGAUGAGAAAGGAGAAAGACUCUUGUGCCCAGCUGAAACUGGGAAGGCUGAAUGGAAUUUAGCCAGGACACAUUUCAGACCGCUGAGAAGUUUCCCGUGUUCCCUGGUGACUUACACCAAUGUUCCAUUUGGGGUGAACUUUGAUCACGGUGUCCCAUGUUGAAGGUGCACCUGGGUAACUCCCAAAGCAGGGGUAGGGGAUCUUGCACUCCCAGCUUGCCGCUGACGUGGUGACUGGGAAGGUGGUAGGAAUCCUCGCAAAGCCAUAGGAAAGUGCUGAUCUCUGUGUUUACUGGUGUGCUAAUGGCUCCUGAGCUGUGGGGAAAUCUGCCACAGGCCGUGUGUGCUGUGGCACAUCCCUGGUGUUUUUGGCUGGGCCAGUGGCCCCCCUGCAGCUCACCGCCCAGAUUGCCAUCUCUUGGCAGAUUGUGCCUGGCUGUCGUGCUGACUGCUCUCCCCACCAUGGCUGCCAGUGAGGUCGUAUCAGCUGCUCUACAGGACUCAUGGGGGGACUUCUGGCUCUUCCGUUUCUUCCUCAAUGCUGCGGGCUAUGCGAGCAUCAUGGUACCGGGGUUUCUGCUCAUCCAGUACUUCAAGAGAAAGAAUUACCUGGAGACAGGCCGUGGCAUUUGCUUCCCCAUCAUCAAGUCAUGCGUCUUUGGCAGCGAGACCAAGUCCACACACCCAGAUGAUGUCUCCCUGGCAGCCCGCAAUGAGACCAUGGAGUCCUCGACAGCCCAGCAGGUCCUCAAGUUGCUCUUCUGUGCUGCUGGCCUCCAGGCUUCCUACCUGACGUGGGGCGUCCUCCAGGAGCGUGUCAUGACCCGGACAUAUGGGGCCACUGAGACCAAUCCUGGCGAGAAGUUCAAAGACUCCCAGUUUCUGGUCUUCAUGAACCGGAUCCUGGCCUUCACCGUAGCAGGCCUGUAUUGUGCCCUGACCAAGCAGCCGCGCCAUGGCGCCCCCAUGUACAAGUAUUCUUUUGCCUCACUCUCCAACAUCCUCAGCAGCUGGUGCCAAUAUGAGGCACUCAAGUACAUCAGCUUCCCUACCCAGGUGCUGGCCAAGGCCUCCAAGGUGAUCCCAGUCAUGCUGAUGGGCAAGCUGGUGUCGCGCAAGAGCUACGAGUACUGGGAGUACCUAACGGCGGUGCUUAUCUCGGUGGGGGUCAGCAUGUUCCUGCUCUCCAGUGCCCCCAACAAGCACCUCUCCACCGUCACCACCUUCUCAGGCGUGAUCCUCCUGGCUGGCUACAUCGUCUUCGACAGCUUCACCUCCAACUGGCAGGACGCCCUCUUCACCUACAAGAUGUCCCCGGUGCAGAUGAUGUUUGGGGUGAACGUCUUCUCCUGCCUCUUCACGAUGGGCUCGCUGCUGGAGCAGGGCGCCCUGCUGGAAUCAGCCCGCUUCAUGGCCCGCCACUCUGAGUUUGCGGCCCACGCCGUGCUGCUGUCCAUCUGUUCCGCCUUUGGCCAGCUCUUCAUCUUCUACACCAUCAAUCAGUUUGGGGCGGCCGUCUUCACCAUCAUCAUGACGCUGCGCCAAGCUUUUGCCAUCCUGCUGUCCUGCCUCAUCUACGGGCACGCCAUCACCGUGGUGGGUGGGCUGGGCGUGGCCGUGGUCUUUAUGGCUCUCUUCCUGCGUGUCUAUGCCCGCAGCCGCAUGAAGAAGCGUAGCAAGAAGCUGCCCGCCAGCGAGGUCCCAGUGCAGAAGGUUUAGGGGCCAUGGCACAGACCGUGCCCUCCUCCCCUCUCCCAUUGCGGGGCACUUGCUUUAUUUCUCUUCUCUUCAUGAACCUACUGAGGAGUGGAGGAGAAACAAUGACUCCCUUUGCCAACUGCUUUUCCUGGACAAGGAGCUGGAGUGGGCUUGGAAGAAGCGAGGUGCUUUCCAGGCCUCCACCGCACCUUUCUCCUGUUGCCUUAAUAGGUCUGAGUAUUUCAAUUCCCUGAGAUGGCCCCAGGAAGGGAGCAGGGGGCAGGUCUAGUUCCCAGGAGUGCAGGGGGGUUAACUCCUGCCCUAGCUCCAUCUGGUACUCGGGGCUUCUGUUUAAGAUUAUUGAUGAACAAGGGUGCUUUAUUCCCUGGCA